AUCAGUGUGGAGGAUUUGGAGGCGCUGGAAGAUGAUCAUUUGAAUAGCGAUAGUGCUAGCGAUCAUGGGGAUCACAACGACGGCAGCGCCUUCGACGAUAAAGAAUCAGAACCAGAAGACGUCGGUCCUCGCACUAGUGUUGACGACGAGCCAAUAUCUCCUGUCAACUACAUCGACGUUGCCUCACCCAAAAAUCUGCAGAAGAUCGCCACCCGUCGGAUCGACCAAUACUACGACCAAAUCGCGAGGGAAGUGAAACACCAUUUCGUCAUGACCUGGAACAGCUACAAGAAGCACGCUUGGGGCUUCGACGAGUGGUGCCCGACGACGAUGAAAGGCAGCAACGAUUCCUUUGGCGGGAUCGGGAUGCAGAUAUUGGAUUCUCUCUCCGCAUUAUUAAUUUUCGAUAUGGACGAGGAAUUUAUUUUCGCGAGGGAUAAUUUCGUCCAAAACCUCGAUUUCAAAAAGGCCAGCACGCGGGUGGAAGUUUCGGUUUUCGAGUUGAUGAUCCGGGCGGUUGGUGGGUUACUGUCCGCUUAUGCGAUGAUGUUGGAGAAGAUUUUGCGGAAGGGGAUCAAAGCCUUCGUACCAAAAAGCGACUAUAGGGGGAAAAAUUUGAAAGAUCUCACCUUCGACGAUAUGACGCAGGUGUUUCAGAAACACAAGCAGAAGGUUGAAGAUGAAGGUCGUCGUCGUGCAGCGGGGAAUUAUGAGAAAAAGCCUCCCGUCCUCGGGGCCGGCUCCGCCUCAUCUACAUCUUCAUCAGAUAUCAAAGCGCUGGCCCAAAUUUCCGCGGAACUUUCAAAAAACACGAUUUUUUUGCAGAAAGCGGAAGAAUUGAUCCAGCAAAUCAUCGCGGUUUUCCGAACUCCAUCAGGCUUCCCGUUUUCCAGAGUGAGAAUCGGGUCCGGCUUACCGGUAAUCGACUCCACCCAGCCCACGAUUUUAUCCGAAAUUGGCACGAUGCAGUUGGAACUACGGUAUCUUUAUCCUGUGCAAAAGUAUCGUACUCGUAGUAAUCGCAGUCAUGCAUUACAAAUCUCCAUCCCAAGUCAAAACAGCAUGACAAACUCCCUUUGUCAUGCUGAGCUAAUUUGUAUUGCAAUUACUACUAGUACGAUACUUUUGCAGUUCAUAAUCUUUCCUUCGCGACAAAAAACGCGACGUACGCGAGACUGGCCGACACGAUCUCCCACCAACUCCAUUUCGACGUUAUUCUUGGUAAAAACGUCCCCACCCCAGAGUUGUCAUGCAAAUCUGCAUGCCAACAAAGUUUGUCAUGCGGAGCGCCAUGAGAGGCAUUUUCUAGUCGUGUGUUGGAAUUUGUGAUGCUAUAACCAGCAUGAUAUACUACAUCUGUAAUGCUGCUGAACUACCUAAACAGGAUUGCACUAUGAAGACAAACUUGUCAUGCCAAACAACCAAAGCUGGCUGAUGUGUCUAGCAGAUUUCCCAUGUGGACUCUAUUGUGGACGUUUUUACAAAUGAUAGACGUGUUCCAAGAUUUCGGGAAAAACUGGCAGGACUUCAUCAUCGGAAGCGCAGGAGGACCAGAGAAAACGGAGGAAAAAACCUACCCGCAGUUGCUACCGACACAGUAUACCAACGCGCAGAUCAUUCCGAUUAAAGUGUUGAAGAACAGUCGGUUUUCGUUAGGCGGCCAGGGAGACAGCUACUUCGAGUACUUGCUGAAACAGUAUCUACAGGACGAUGAGGAUUUGUUUUCUUUGCAUAUGUGGGAGGUGAUGCUGAAGGGGCUAUUAGACAGGAAAAAGGGAUUAGUUGUCGGUGUGAAGGGGAAAAACGAAAACGGGAUGAAGUCUGUGGAUGAAUUACUGCAGGUUGCGACGGGGAGUGAUGGACGAGGAGGCGGAGGUACCCUUCAAGCUGCUGCACACGUAGAUAAUUACCUCGACCCCGAUGAGGCGUGGGACCGGUUUUUCCCUCCAAGCUCAGGCGGGAACCAGCCUGGAGGUGGCGGGAGAGCGUUUCAAAGCGAAGAUGAGGAGCUAGACGCGAUGGAUGAAGAGGAUGAUUUGGGAGAAGACGGAGAAUUCAACGGGAACGCAGGCACGGAGCAGGUGAUAGAGAUUUUAGACGUGAAUGACCAACAAGAGGAAGAUGUGGCUGCCUCAGCCACAACCGGCGACGCGGAAGAUGAAAACCAGGCUGCUGACGCGGCUAUCAAAGCAGCUGGCACGACGGCGCCAGCUGCAGGAGAAGAAGCCGGCCGUGGUUCCUCGUCGGCAGUACAGAUUGAGAUUGCGCCUCCUUCUGCAACCAGCGCAGCAGAUCACUACCUCGACAAAUCCUACUACAUUAUCGAGCGCGACUUGAAGGGAUUGCAGCUGAACCUCAUGGCACAUUUGACAUGUUUCUUCCCCGGAAUGCUGGCUUUGCACCUGCAUUUGAUGACGUCUAGUACUUCACCAGGGGACAUCUACAUGAACGGUCCGGCUGUUGGGUUGCCUGCAUCCGGGUCAACAUCGGAAGGGCAAGAACACGGGGCGACCGUGAUAGAAACUGCUUCCGAAAGAACCGCUGCUGCAGCCUCAGCAUCACCGAUUGAUGGCAGCACAAAGAACUCAACUCAACUUCCACCAACGGCAGAAGAAAAUCUUGCGCCUAUAUGAAUUGCAAAACUAAAACUAUCGUACAACUCGUAUAAAUAAAUGCAUUACAAAUUUCCCCAGCAAGAGAAAUGGAGUUUGUCAUGCUAAUUUGCCUUCGCAACAAGAUUUGUAAUGCAGUACUUGCAUUUAUACGAGUACGCUACUUUUGCACAGGAUAGCCUAUCGAACCCAGCACCGACAUCCCCUUCCUGCACCACAUCAAGGAAUCCACGAUGGAAAAUUGCUUCAAUUUCUACCGUAUCCUGUGCAGAAGUAUCGUACUCGUAUUGCAGUCAUGCAUUACAAAUUUUUUUCUGAAAGCAAAUCCGCAUUACAAAUUUCAUUUCUCAUGCUGAGGAAAUUUGUAAUGCAUUUAUACGAGUGCGAUACUUUUGCAAUUCAUAUACCGGAAUUCCCCGACUGCUCUAGCGCCCGAGGCAGUAUUCGUCCCGCCGGACAAUUAUGUGAUAGAAAACAUCGAGGAAAUCGAGAUCCAAGACGACCAGAAGCGGAAAAAACUGAUCCGGACCCGCACGAAAACGUACUUAGACCCAACCGCAAUGUACGUGCCACAGGGGCUGUCUUACUCGCUGUUACGUCCCGAGACGGUGGAGAGCUUGUUCUAUUUAGACUACUACCGGGAAGAGAAUGAAAAGCUGGUGAGGAAAAGUUUAAUGUCUACUUCGAGCACAACUUCAGCUGGGGCUAGUGGCGCAGAAACUGAAACGCGGUCAUUUGCAGAUGCUUCGGGCAGUGAGAGCUCCUCUGCUCCUCGUCCUCCCGUGAAUCGUGCAUCACAAACUACAUCGCAACCUCCUCAACCCGCCACCGUCCAGGAGAUUGACCACACGGAAACGCAGCACCGAAUUGUCCGGACGAAAAACAAGCCGGGGAUGAAGAAUCUCCCUGUAGCUCCAGCGACGAGCACGAGAGCAGCCGGGGAAGAAGAUGCUACUGGUGGUGUUCCAAGCACCACAAGUUCUUCCUCGUCGACCUCAGCAUCGCAGUCUGCCCAUUCAGACAACAACCAAGCUGAAGACGAUGUUCACGAGGAAGACGACUACCUACAUCAAACUACUUCCCCCUUCAAGUACAAGCAGAUGGGCCACUUCAUUUGGCAGGGGUUAAAAGACCACGGCUUUAUCCCGUACGCGGGGUUCACCACUGUGCCAGACGUGACCCAGUUCCCCAACGUCCCGCGUUCCUGCCCGAUGCACACCUUUGUCAUGUCGGAAACCUUGGUGUAUUUGUACUUGCUUUUUAAAAACCGAAAUAACGAUGAAGUUGUCAGGGACAACAGGGCCGCAGGCAAGGUUGUGGAUCUGAAAAAGUGGGUCUUCAACACCGAAGCGCACCCGCUGCCGAGAAUCUUCACGAAGUAUGACUCGAAGCCAAAAGGGAGGAAGAAAGGAAAAGGAGCUGCGACGAAGGAGCAGGAGUCUUCUGUGCAAGCACAGUUGAAUGCGACGAAAAGAAUGCAGCGGCCGAAAUCCUUGAACGCCGGUGCUUAUUCUGCUGGAGCUGCGAGUGCGAAGCAAACGAGUGCGUCCAGCGCAACCAGUAGUCGAUUUGUUGAUGGGGAGGUGGAUGGUCAGACCGCGCCACCGGAAGUAAACGCGGUAGAGCGACGAGAGCUCUGAUCGUCCACCAUAACAAGUUUCACAAAAUCAGAACGAGAGAAGAACGCAUAAUCUAGAGAAUUGUUUUAAAACUUUUUCAAGAAGAGAGAAUGAGUUAAGAGAUCGACAUCGAAGUUUUUAGUAUUGGUUUCAUUAUAGCUAACUUAGACAGUUUCUAGGCUGAAUUUGGUAAAUCCAAAGGUUGUAAUAUAUCGCACGACCACCGACUGAGUGCAUGAGCGAUUGCCCAACGAAGUACCUUUCUUGCAUUCCUCAGUCCUGUGCAGCUCGGGUGGUGGUCUAGAAGUUUCUGCUUGUAUCAAUGUUGUAGUAAGUCACUUUAUCUGUUCGUGUUCUGCGAAAUGUAGUUCUAGGCCAAGUUGUUUUCGUCCGCAAACUACGAGCUGGUGCUGCUAUUAAGAGGAAAAGAAGAUAUGAGACUUGAAUUUUAUUUUUAACUGGC